AUGGGAAGUGACUCAGAUCACAGAGCACUAAUCCUCCAGGCCCAAACAAAACAUAAAUCAAACAUCUGGCGAAUGAACACAGCCAUGCUUACCAACCCAGCAACAUCCAACAAACUUGAACAAAAUAUACAAACAGCCCUACCCACCCUCUCAACCCAAACUUGGGAUGAUCUUAAAUCCCAAAUCCGGAUAACAUGUAGAGAAAUGGGAAAAGUACAAGCUAAGAAAUGCAGAGAUGGCAUCAUCAAUCUUACUAACCACAUCAAAAAACUACAAUCCCUUUCCUCCCCCAACACACAUAUCAUAGCCAAUCUCACCAGGAAGCUCAAGACCCUAGAAGAAACAGCCUCCAAGGCAUAUGCUAUCCGUUCAAGGGUUCGCUGGUAUGAAGAGGGAGAGACUAGCUCUAAAUACUUCUACCAACAUUUCAAAUAUAAACAACAGAAGUCAUCCAUAUCAUCACUCCAAAUUCCUACAACCAUUCCUCCCCGAAUUCCCA